CUGAAAUGGCGUUUACCACCACCAGUGUCCUCGUGGCUGGAUGAGCUCCCACAAAUGGCUGCUGCCAGCGUCUGUGUCCCCAGGGGAAUAAGUGUAAAGGAGGAAGAACGGAGAUCUAAGAAUUCCUAGUCCUCUUGGGCAGGAGUGGCUGGUCCCAGGGUUGCCUGCUCCAGUGAGGUCUCUGAUGCUAAGAACUGUAAAAGUUACUUUUUUUAGUGAUCAGAAAUGAGUGAACAAUCAGAAAAAAACAAUUCCACGCAAGAGAGACAUGCAGGUCAAAGUUCUCCUGAGAAAAACUGUCAAAUCGGACAGAAGCAACUGCAACAGAUAGAGCGACAGUUAAAAUGCUUGGCAUUUCAAAAUCCCGGACCACAGGUAGCAGACUUUAAUCCUGAAACAAGGCAGCAGAAAAAGAAAGCACGAAUGUCAAAGAUGAAUGAGUAUUUUUCUGUAAAGUACAAAGUUAUGAAGAAGUAUGACAAAAGCGGCAGGCUCAUCUGCAACGAUGCUGACCUGUGCGAUUGCCUGGAGAAGAACUGCCUGGGCUGCUUCUACCCCUGCCCCAAGUGCAACUCCAACAAGUGUGGCCCUGAAUGCCGCUGCAACCGCCGCUGGGUGUACGAUGCCAUCGUCACUGAGUCUGGGGAGGUCAUCAGCGCGCUGCCCUUCAACGUUCCCGACUAGGAGCUGCCCUCGUGGUCUGAUCGGUUUCUUCUUUACCUUUAAGGCAACCUCUUUCUCUUGGGUGAAUUUUAGGGCUGGGGGAAAAUGUUUUAAAAAAUUUACUUAAGACUCAUGUUCUGCGAAGCCAUAGAACAGUAGGGAAUGGGCCAUCCUUCUCUAACCUUCCUGCUGUGACCUCCUCUCAAAUUCCUCUCCUUGUAACCCAAGAGAGUGCCCAUAGAUGGAUAUCAGCACCGACACCUCCAUCACUACUUUGCUCUCAGAUUAAAAAUCCCUUUCCUCUUUGCUGGUAUCUUAGGAAAUGGAGUCUGAAGAUCUUCAGAAUUCUGUAGCUGGGAGCUUGUCUUGACAUAGAACAUAGAAUCAUACAUUUAUAAUAGCUAGUUACCCUUAGAAUCUUACACAUCACUAGUUCUAAAUCAGAAUUGUUAUUUGGCU